GAAUGCAAGAAUAGAGAAGGUUUGGUAGCUAGCUAGAGUGGCCUUUUGUUUUGGGACACGGCAUUACACUGCAGGACGUGGUGCAGAGAGUGUGUUCUGGUACGAGAUGCACGAUGUAUGUGACAUUGUCUGAGCACCCAGUAGACAGAUACAUUCAUUGGCAUCAAGAGUGAAACACAUAACACCACGUUGGCCGGGCGCAUGAGAUGGAAGCAACAACAAGCAAAGAGGCAGUUCUUGGCUGCUUACGACCUAUCCGGGCGAAGGAAGAAAUGCAGGCAGGCAAAAGCUGCCAACCGCAAUUGCCACUAUGACAGGUUGACGGAUGAACUGCUGCCUUCCGAGGCAAUCCGCCCAAAAAUGUUGCUACAUUGGCGGAGGCAUAUUUCCACGAUUGUAUACCCUCAAUAUGGGCGGCGGUGCUUGCCGAUGUGCCGGUAGCGGGAUCCCUGCCUCCGACGUGGGGUUAGGUGACAUCCCGUCGAGAAAGAGACUAGUAGAUUUCGUCCAACAUCGCCAUAGCUUGGCUCCCCGGGAUAGACAAAGUUGACAGUGUGUCCCAUUAUCUGUCUGCUACGUUGCUGCCUUCAUUCCGUAUGGCUUGGGGUUGACUCCCAUGAGCUUCCCUCGAAAACACAAAGAAUUUCAACACGCCGAAUUUAAGGGUAGCUCGCGCGCAGUCCCUCUCCUUUGGAGGUUUUCGUCCCGUCGGCGCGGCAGCGGUUAACAUGGGUAUAUCGAUCUUCAGGUUGGUAGGAAACGGCAAUACUCCCAAAUUUCUCUCUCACAUAACAUUUUUCUUUGCAUUGGUGCUUGAUUCUUGUUGCCAGAAACAGAGCCAUCGCCUCACCCAUGUCGUGAGCUGAUCAGUGGGCGAAAAGCAAGUGUUAAGGAUCAGGGCCCAACAGUACUGGUUAGUUAUCCAAGCGGUAUCGAUCAUUGAGAAAGAGAGUUUCGAUUGCAUCCAACCAUGGGCAAGCUCCUCCGCGGAACCAGGAAAUCUCCUGACGCCGAGCAGUUGUUGACUCCACGCAAGAACGGUUUCUUUGGAAAGCGUAACAAUGGCGUUCGGUCGGAAGAUCCCGAGAAACCCAAGGCCAUGUCAGCCCGUCGAUUAGUGACGAGUGUCUUUAAAAGUAGCCGCAAGAACGGCGAUGACGACGAUGAUGACAAGUCUCCUGUCGAUGGUUCUCCCGCCAUUCAGCUACAGCUCUUUGGGGACCACAAGCCUCGGAUGAACGGUCGUAUCAUGAACAACCGUAGCAUGCAGCAGCAGCAGCAGCAACCCACUCCCGGUCAAGUAGUCUUGAACAGUAGACGUCAUGCCAAGCAACCCAACAGCAGUCUGAAUGGCAGUAGCAAUCAAGACGAAGGAACUGUCAUGUCAGAUCUAACCGGCACUGUAUCUCCUCAUCCUCCUGGACAUCCCCUUAGUGCCAGUCUCACACAUGCUACCAACAGCAUUGCAGAAACUCCGCCUCCCUCCAAUGGUGCUCAACAGCAACUAUCUGGUGUCGCCUUUGCUGCGGCGACACCCGAGCGAACUACACAGCAAUCCUUCUAUUCAGCUUAUUCGCCUGGUUUGGGUGACUUUGCGGAAGACGACAACAACGAUGACGACGCCAAUGACGACAUUCAAGAAGAUAAUGGUGAAGAAGGUACCACAACAGACGAAUCUAGAACUGCCACUAGAAACUUUUGCAAGUCCUCUGUCCUCGAUCAAGUCUUGGGUGUGGUAGAUGGGGCCUGUCAUCGAACCAUGGAUAUCACAUUAGGCAGCCAGUGGACACGACAGAGAUCACAGCAGUCUACUGCUGCUGGAGACCAAGCAAACAUUCAGUGGGGCAUUGCUCCUUCGGAUGAUGAUGAGUCCACAAACUUGGAUACUGCUACAUUUAUAACGGGAGAUACUACCACUUGCUUCACACGAGAGAGCCCCAAUUGCUUCCAGCGAAUUCCCAAAGCAGCAGCUGCAGUUGCCAACUGCGAUACAGUACCCGAAGAACCGGCUCAAUUUGAUCCGGCAACAAUGGCGGCUGCAGAUUCGGAACAACAACAUCGUAGCAGUACCAACAGACCCAUACCUCUGGUGCGACAAGCCUCCGACUUUAAUGACUCUGAUCUACACGAGAACUUUGAAUUGGUGUUGGGUCAGCUGCCGUCAAGUAUGGUACCUCAAGAACCCGCCAAGAAACGAGCUUGGGGGGCACGCAUCCUUCGCAACGACAGUCGCAAGGGCAACAACAAGGACGAAGAGAGGAAAGUCGAGCAGCGACCAGGACCUCCCGCCCACUACAAGGCCGCUCCUCAAACACCUUCACCCGUCAAGGCACUAUUCCAUAAUGCCACUCCUCCAACUGAACCGGAAACUCCCCGAAGUCCUCCUACUGUCAAUAAGCUAUCCAAGCAAGAACAACGUGAAGCUCUUUUCCAAUCCGUUCUGGAAAGAGAAACAAGCAGACGAGAUGCACCCGAUUCACCCAGCCGCGAUGUUGGAGUUGAGAUUCAAUCGAGUCGCAUAGUGAAGCAGCAACAACGAGAAAUGCAAGAGCUGCAGCAACGGCAAGACUUGGCCAGAGCCAAGUCAACCCUAUCGCCUACGUCUCGCAAGGGACUGUCAGGAUUGGUGAAACGACUACGAUUUGGCAAGGUACGCCGUACGAAAUCGACCUCGUCAGUUCCACCACCAAAGCGGGUGACAGGAACGUACAGCAACAAGACCGUUGCGGCGAAGGUGAACAGCGAGAAAAAGGCCAAUGGCAAUCAAGUCAAGCCCAGAGGAAAUUCCGUGCCACCGCCUCCCAAGGGACCCAUGUAUUCGACGCCCACCAAAGAUCCUCCGGCUUUCUCAUCCAAAGCAUCGGCCAUGCCUGCGUCUCCUGCGUCUCCUUUGACUCUCGAAGAGGAAAAGAAGGAGAUUGAACCUUACGACACUAGGGCUAGAGAAGAACAACGGGAUACAGAUCCAACCACUACGUCCGCACCAGAUCCAGCCCGAAACGAAACCAAGGCAGAAGGACGAAGACCCAGUCACCCAGAAAUAAAGGGGCUAUCGUCUAAGCCUGUUUUGCCCAUUAAAGCAAGCAACUCGUUUGGAGAUACCGCUCGCCGUGACUCUGCUGCGGCCGAAAAACCCAAAUCCGACAUGGAAGCGGUACCCGAACAAUUGGAACAAGGAGUAUCCAUGAACCGACUUCGCUCGGCGCCAGUCAGGUUGUCUUCGUCAGAUGCAUUGCAGCAACGAGAAAAGGACCUGAAGAAGGACAAGGCUCUGCACGAGCAAAAGAUACGCAAGUCUAGCAGUGAAACAACCAGCGUAAAGGAAGAAACCAAGGCAGUUUUGGAUGAAGAUGACGGACUGGAUGCCGUCGAGUCGAUGCGGAAGAAGGCACCCAAAUUGACUUGGAAGGCAGCCACCGAUGCGCAAGGAAGGACUUAUUACUAUCACCGAGAAUCACGUGCAACAAGUUGGGUGAAGCCGAAGGAGUUUGAUGCACAAGUGGCUGCCAUCAAAAAGUACAAGGAAGAUAUGGAAGCUCUAAAAAAGGAAUCCGAGACCCAACAGGUCAUUGAUGGAUACAAGAGUGUUGAAGCCAUUCAGAACAAGCUUCGCAAAAAGACUCAGAGAGACUUUGAUCCCGAAGUAUGGCAGACGAAGCAAGAAAUCCUGGAUAUUGUCAAGACGAUGCCAUUGCCUCAGGGCACCAACAUUGAGAGGCUCCUGGUUCAAUACGAUGGUAGAGAAGAACAACUGCUAGCAAAUCUGCGCGACUUGGUAGAGUCGAAGCCUUUUGAUGAACCCUUCCAAGCACCGAGCACACCCUCCAAAACCAAGUCGGAACCUUCCAAGCCGCAAGCCCCUUUAGCUGAUCAUCCUACGGUGAUUGAAUCCAACCCUUUGAAUAUUUCACACGCUUCGUCCAUUAGUGUGAACUCCUCAUCAAACAACUUGAAUGCGGUGGAUGUUCAGCAUAGAAUCAGGACGGCUGUCAGUUCCUCCACUCGCAUCUCGGAGAAGACUUCCAUUACAGAGAAGACUGAAAAAGUCCGAAAUACUUCGGAGCACCAAGGACAAGGCAUUGCACCAAUCCGCGAAGGCGCCCAAGGAGGAACCGUUUCAACAGGCAGUAUUUCGAGCGCCUCGGGGGGCAUGCCGCUUCGAAGCGAGAGUCUUGGGUUCCCACCAAGCGGACGAGUGCCGAGCAAGAUUCCAGCAGUGCCGCGAUCUCGAGAGUUGAAGGUGGAAGAAUUCGGCAACAACAGGAUCGCGAAGGAGACCUUUAACGGCGAUGGUGUUGUACCAAACGCCAUUGGAUCCACCGCUGCCGGUGGUAGCGCCAUUCGCAGUGAAAGCCCGGUGGCAAAAGGAGGCCCUCCUCCUGCAGAUAUGCAAAAGGGAACCCCCAAGGUUGUCGCGGAACAGCUUGUGGCCAUGUCGUCAUUGGAUGACGAUGAUGAUGACAGUUAUAACGGAGACUACGAAGAAACAGUGGAUGAGCGCGGUACUGAUACCGCCUCCGAAAAGAAUACAGAUUCCAUUUCAGCUCUAAGUGAAGCCGAUGUCGACUAUCAAGCCCAAAAGGAGAACUUUGAACGUGCAAGGCGUCGCGCUCUUGACGUUGCAGUUGAGCGUGAAGAUUGGGACCUGGCAGCUGCCCUCUCAGAAGGAAUGAAGCAAGUGAAGGAGUCUCUGUACGGCAAACCCCAGCAACGAGAGUGGACACAGACCGAAUUAGAUCGAUUCAUUUCAGAAAACGAUUGGGACGCCGUGUCGAAGUACAUUGCUCACAUGCGAGACAACCCCCUCUCCUCAGCCUCAAACGGCGGCCCUGCAAUUUCCCUGUCUGGCCGGGACCCAGUUACUGGCCGAGAGUUGGACGGGCAUGUUCAGCCUCCCACUCGAGUGCCAGUCCCUGGGCCCAUCGUAGGCGGCAGCGGGCCACCCGCUUAUGUGUCGGAAGCUACGAAACGCGCCUCGACUCACACCAAGAGUGGUCGAAGGCAGCAGCAGGAACGAAUGCGCCGCAAUAGCGCUGCGGGAAGUGUCUCAUCUUCUCAAGGGAGUGCCAAGCGUGCCCAAACUCGCUUUGGUGCUCGUUCUCAGCUGCAACACAGCGACUUGAAUUCCAUAUCGAGCUGGACCAAUUCAAGCCCAUCAAGUUCUUCCUGUGAUUCUGAAUACAGCGACAAUUCUUAUGAAAGUGAGGAUGAACACGGCUACAUUAGUCUGAGGGUUCGUCGCAACGAAUUUGAGUGUUAGAUUGCAUAGUAUAAAGUGAUAAAGUUUAGGAACAUAAAAUCUUUCC